AUGACAUCUUGUAUCAAGCAUAAAUCAAAAAAUUAUUUGGAGUUUUUGAGAGAUAUCUCAACUGAAACAAUCACUCUUGGAGACCUUUGAUUAGUUAACGGGGGGAGUCGCACUUUUGAAUUUUUCUUUAGGAAUUACUCGUAUCAGUUUCUCCAUACUGGACGACGCCAUCUUGAAUCAAGAAUAAGUCUAAAAGUUAUGGAGAUUUUUAGAGAUGUUUCAACAGAAGCAAUAACUAAUGGAGACUUUUGAUGGGUUAAAGGGGGUAGUCGCACUUUUGAAUUUUCUCUAGGUAAUAAUCAUGUCAGUUUCUCUAUACUGGACGCCAUCUUGAUGACACCUUAUAUCAAGCAUAAGUCCAAAAAUUAUUGGAGAUUUUGAGAGAUCUAUCAACUGAAGAAAGAACUCUUGGAGACUUUUGAUGGGUUUAAAGGGGGGAGUCGCACUUUUGAGUUUAUGAAAGUCGUAGAUAUUUAUGAUCUCAUUAUUUCUCUCCAAUAA